AAUGGCUUCUGAGUCAAGAUUAGAAGAGCUAAACUUUGUUUUGAUACCAUUACUUGCUGUAAGUCACAUCAUACCAAUGGUAGACAUUGCCAAAUUGUUAGCACAAAGAGGCGUGAUUGUCACUUUAGUCAUGACGCCUCUCAAUGCUAUCCGAUUUACUGCAGUAAUUGAUCGCGCCAUCGAUUCUGGACUCCUCAUUCGGGUACUUCAUCUCCGAUUUCCAGCCAAGGAAGCCGGAUUGCCAGAGGGAUGUGAAAGUGUCGAUCUUCUACCCGGUCUAGAUCAUCGAAGAAAUUUCUUUACUGCAAUUGAUAUGCUACAAGACCAAGCUGAAAAAUUGCUUCAAGAGAUGAAGCCUAAGCCGAGUUGCAUUAUUUCCGAUAUGCAUAUUGCUUGGACAGCUGAGACAGCUGAUAAGUUUCAGAUUCCGAGAAUUAUUUUUGAUGGAAUGAGUUGUUUCAAUCAAUUGUGUAUGCAUAAUUUGUAUAUCAUGAAGGAUCAAAACAGAAUCCCUGAAUUAGGCCAUUUUGUGAUCCCUGAUUUGCCUGAUAGAAUUGAAGUAACUAAAGUUCAGCUGCCUGGAACGUUUAAUCCCUCGUCAGUUCACGUGCAAGAUUUUCGAGACAAAAUACGAGCAGCUGAAAUAAGUGCCUAUGGGGUUAUAAUCAAUACUUUCGCGGAGUUGGAAGAAAGUUAUGUUGAUGAAUUCAGAAAAUUUAAAGAUGGUAGAGUUUGGUGUAUUGGGCCUUUGUCUCUCUGUAACAAUGAGAGUCUAGAUAAAGCGCAGAGAGGGAAUAAGACGUCAUUUGACGAAGAGGAACGUUUGAAGAAAUGGCUUGAUUCAUGGCAGCCUGAGUCUGUUGUGUAUGUGUGUUUGGGAAGCCUUAGUCAUACCACAGUUGUACAAUUUGUGGAACUGGCUUUAGGCCUGGAAGCAUCAGGUUAUCCGUUUAUUUUAGUCGUAAAAUCAGGGGAAAGACAAGCACCAAUAGAGGAUUGGAUAUCGGAAAAUGGAUUUGAAGAAAGAACAAAAGAGAGAGGACUUUUGAUCCGGGGAUGGGCACCACAAGUAGUAAUUCUAUCGCACCCUACAAUUGGUGGGUUCUUGACUCAUUGUGGUUGGAAUUCGUCCCUUGAAGGGAUUAGUGCUGGUGUGCCUAUGAUCACUUGGCCUUUAUUCGCGGAGCAGUUCUUAAACGAGAGAUUUUUAGUACAUGUCUUGAAGACGGGCGUGGGUGUUGGAUCUCAGGAAGUUGUGCAUCUCGGUGAGGAAGAGAAAUAUGAAGUCCAAGUGACCAAAGAAGAAGUGACGAAAGCCAUAAAAGAAGUGAUGGACAAAGAGAAAGAAGGAAAUAAUAGGAGAAUAAGAGCCAAAGAAGUUGGAGAAAUGGCAAAAAAAACUAUAGAAGGAGGUGGAUCUUCUCAUCUCAGUUUGACACUGCUAAUCAAAGAAGUACAAGAAUUCAACUCAACCAAAUAGCUUAAAAUGA